AAGCCUUUUUUUAGCUGGUUUGUCAUUAUUUGGAAAAUGACUGUUUCUGGAAGUGGUCAGCCACUGCUUAGAGUCACCAAAGCAAAGAAUGUAAGGGUUUGAUUUUCCUGCUCCUCUCCUCAGUGGCUCUGGAUUUGCUGUUGUGCUGUGUUUGUGCAGGAUUUGGUGGAGGCUUUUUGCUGAGCAGGCAGUGCAGGAAUCCACUGAGCCUCUGCUUUGUGCUCUCAGAGCUCUGCAGCUGAUGCCCCGGGAAUCAGCCAGGCUGGGAUUCAUUUCCAGUCUGGAAUCCAAAGUCAUGCUGGUGCCUGGAUACUGUGGGACAAAUAAUUUUGGAUAAAAUGUGUCAGAAAUAUCUUUAAUAGCCACGUCCAUUGGAAAAAUGCAUCAGGGUGAACUACAAUAUUACCUCAGUGGAGAGGUUUUUAGGUGGCUCCUCACCUUCCCUGCCAGCAGAAGGUGCUUGCAGAGUCUCUUGCAGCUCUGCCAGGAGCACAGGAGCUUCCAGAACCUCUUGGAACAGCUCUUGGAAGUCCAACAAUCAAACCCCUUUUGCUUUUGCCUUAAAAGCUUUUCAAGAGCUUCUCCUCGCUGCUGCUUCAUCUCUUUUCUUCUGGGAUCUUUUUUCUCCUUCCUGGCUUGCUCUGAACAAAUGGUUCUUGAUUUGAGGGGUUUGCACAGCCCUCCUUAACUUGAAGUGAUGGGAAGAGCCCGAGCUCUUGCUGGUAAAAAUAAUUACAGGGAAAACUCUGACUUCCAGGUGUGCCAAAUCCCAGCUUCCAGUGCUGGCACUGACCUUGUCCCUGCAGGAGUAAAUGGGAUGCCCUGCUGCUAAUGGAUGGGAUUGGGUUUACAAGGAGCUGCAUGGGAGCUCCUCACUUUUAUUGCCUGAGUUCUGCCAUGGCCUUCCCUCCCCAGCAUUGUUUUACUGUAUUGACUGAGGAGCAAGAUCAUAAAAGCAGCAGUUAAACCCUGGAUCCUCCUUCCCUAGAACUGAUAAGACUUUAUGGCCAUUAAUUUUCCACUUAUUUCAUUUUCCCAACUUAGUUGGGUUAAUUUCCUGUAGGUUUUCUUUCAUUCUCCCAACAACAAAAGAAAGGUUCUUUUAAAGUGAAAAUGAGCAUUGCCUUUAAUUUGUGUUCAUUAAUUUUAAAUUGACUCGAUGCUUGGAGUGUUUGAGAUCUGCCAAGUGUAUGGAUUUUCCUAUAUCCAAGGAAUCAUGGAGAAGCAUUUCUUUGGGCAGAAUAUAUUGAUUGAAAAUGUAUUAAGAUUUUAAAAAAAUUUAUUUAUGCUAUUGCCUGGCUAAAAAGUGGGAUUUGCAAAGCCUGGUACAGUUUACCCAUGAACAUUUUAUAAGGCCACUUAAGCCAUGAAAUAUUAUCUUUAUCCUUGCCCUUGGCAAGGGCAGGGAAGGGAGGAUGGAUGGGAAUUCAGGAGACGUUCACAUGCAGCAGGACUUGUGACUAUAACUGGGCAAAGGGAGAUCUCUCAAAGGCUUUAUUCUGUCAAGUGACCCAGAAAUGGGCAAGAGCACAGAAAGUGGAUUUGUCAGAGGAAAAACUAUGGGAGUAAGCUGGCAGCAAAUAUGGAAAAGGAGAAAAAACUCGGAUGCAAAAGUCUGGAUCCGAGAGAGUGCAGGAAGAAACGUGCAGGAAGGCGUUGGCAAGGUCCUGACAAAACUGGUGGUCUUUCCUUAAAUCCAGCUGAACAUCAGACUGCCAAGGAUUUCCAGUUGGGCCAGCACGGAUGGAUUUUUCCAAUUUUAAAACUCUUCCAUUGCACCGAGGCCGCUGAGUGGAAGCAAGGAGAAGCUGCUCAGGAGGCUGAUCCUGACAGAAUCCAUCCUUCCCAAACGCAGGAGCAGCAAAUCCACAGGCAGCAGGAAAUCCACGACUUGUUUAAAGAUUAUGAAAUCAAGUAUUGUUAUGUGGACAGGAAUAAAAGAACAGCAUUUGUCACGCUGCUGAACGGGGAGCAGGCCCAGAGCGCCAUCAGGAGGUUCCACCAGCACUGCCUGCGUGGCAAGGAGAUCUCCGUGCAGCUGCAGCCCACGGAUGCUCUGCUGUGCAUCACCAACCUGCCCCUUUCCCUCAGCAUCGAGGAGUUUGAGGAACUGGUGCGUGCCUAUGGCAACGUGGAGAGGUGUUUCCUGGUCUACAGCGAGCUCACCGGCCAUUCCAAGGGCUAUGGAUUCGUGGAGUACAUGAAGAAGGACUCUGCUGCCAAGGCCAGGCUGGAGCUCCUGGGCAAGCAGCUGGAGGAGAGCACUCUGUUUGCACAGUGGAUGGAUGUGAACCAGCUCACCACAAACCUCAUUCACUCCAAGUGCCUUUGUGUGGAUAAAUUACAAAAAGACUGCGCCGAUUCGAAAGAGCUGCUCCAGGCUUUCUCCCUGAAGUACAAACCUGUCUUCUGCCAGUUUGCCCAGGACGAGGAGGGCGGCAGCGGCGACUUCGCCGUGGUGGAGUACGAGAGCGCGGAGCAGGCGGAGCGCGUGCGCGGGGCCAUGGACGGCGUCACCAUCCACGGCAGGAGGCUCCAGGUGUCCUUCUGCGCCCCCGGAGCGCCGGGCAGGAGCACCCUGGCAGCCCUGAUAGCAGCACAGAGGAUGAUGAGGAACAAUAGGAAAGGCUUGCUUCCAGAGCCAAAUCCAGUGCAGAUCAUGAAAAGUUUUAAUAAUCCAGCAAUGCUGCAGAUGCUGCUGCAGCCCCAGCUGCGUGGCCACGCUGUUAAACCUGCAGUUCUUGGAGCAUCUGCAGGUUUACCUCACCUCAUAAAUUCAGCAGUUGGGCCACCUUUUUUGCAGCUGAAUAAAGUUCAUCAGAGCUCAGUUCUGGGGAGCACCUCCAGCCUGCUGCUGCAGAGCCCUGCUCACCUGCCCCUGGCCCAGCAGCAGCUCCUGAAGAUGGAGAACAUGCAGGCAAACAGUAAACCAGGUUUGCUGGGAGAGCCUCCAACAAUGCUCCUGCAGACAGUGCUGGGCAUAGGGGUGAUGCCAGCAGUGAACUCAGGCCUGGCAGCACGAGGAGAAGCUCUCAAGUCAUCUAACCCAGCUCCCAUUCCAGCAGCAGCAGCAGCAGCAGGGAUGGGCAUGCUGCCAUUCUUCCCGAAUCAGCACAUUGUUGGACAAGCUCUUCCCGGGCCCACCGCCGCCGGGGACAAGGGCGAGGCGGUGCCGGGAGCGCCGCCCUUCCCCCCGGCCGUGCCCGGCCUGGCCGCCGGGGCCCUGCGGGCUGCAGCCUGCAAAGCGGCCGGCCAGCCCAAGGGCUGCGACCCCAGCCUGCCGACUCCCUUGAAAAAACAGACUUCUCUGCUUGGGGAGCCCCCAAAAGAAAUUCGGCUGAGCACCAACCCCUACUUGAAUUUGGCAAGUGUUUUGCCUGGUAUCUGUCUGCCAGCAGCAAUUGCCAGCAAAGCCUCCAGUCCUCCACAGCAGAGCAGCCUUGCAAACAGUGUCGUGGAUGCUGCUGUGUCUCAGGGAACUGCACCACAACAUGCAAUGGAAAAUUAUUUCAGUUAUUCCCAGCAGCCUGGGGAGUACCCACAGGUGGCCCCGAAGCGCAGCUCCUCGUACCUCGUGGCGUCCCCCGAGCCCGGCCCCGCCGAGUUCCCGGCUCGCCACUCCGAGUCCUCGCUGAAGAAGAAGCGCGUGUACUGAUGCAGGACGGAGCCGCAGGAAUCCCUCUGGAUUUAUCGCUGCCUUAACUCCCACAAGGAGCUCCUGCCGCGCGGGUGAGUGUCCCCAGAGGAGCCAGCUCUGUCCCCACACGGCCAAGGACAGAGGUGACAGAGGUGGUGGCUGCUGUCACUCGGAGAGGAGGGGCAGCGUUGGCUUUGUCACCUGUGGGACGGAGCACAGGGACUUGGGGAGCUGGGGCAGCUCCAGCUGAAAGCAAUAAAAACCCAGAGGAAAGCAAGCUGAUCCUUUCUCCAGUCCUCAGCUGAGGAAGUUCAAAGAGGAAGUCUUGAUAGUAAUUAUUUUGUAUUUUUUUAACUCAGAAGAAUGUGGGGUUUUCUUUCCAGCUUUCCUUUUUCCAGGAUUAAGAGCUCUGCAUUUACAGCCUUUCAAUUUUUAAUAUUUCUCCUUAAUCCUGGAAUGGAGCGAUACCAAAUGGAGUCCCAGAGCCUCGCUGAUGUUCUCAGUAAAUGCCUGUUCAGAGGGAGGUGCUGUCCUGUGCUGCCUUGGAUACUCCCUGGGGUUUGGAGAGCUGCUCCUUGGACAGUGGAAUGACUUUGUGUUUAGGCUGAGAAUGCACAGCUUCCCAUGGAGGAAAUCAUUCCCAGUGUGAGGCAGCAUCCUCCUUCCACAGGUGUGGACAGCUCUUCCUGGGCCACCCCACUUUUUGAGUGUAUUUUCCUUUUUUUUUUAAGACUUUUUGUAUUUUUAGCUUAUUAUCAGCUCUGCCUCGAGUUGUUCUCUUCUGCCCUUGGAGCUGGAGAUCAGCAGUCCUUCCUUUUGCCCUCAGUGACAGGUCCAUGAGGAGCCAGCCCUCAUUCCAAGGCUCUGCCCCCUUGGAAUCCUGCUGCAAUUCCCUUUGGAUGGAGUUCACUGGGGCCAGGAGCCACCUCCUCCUCCCUUUUCUUUGCUAGAGAACACUGAAGCCAUUUUUCAAUACCGAUUUUUUAAAAUUAAAAGUCUUAAACUUUUGCCUUUCAAGCUUUGGGAUGUGACCAGGAUCCACAUUUUCAAAGCUUAAAAAAAUCCCAAUGAAAAUCCCUCUUCCCUCAGCUGCUGGAACUGCUCCACAAACAGGAGCCAGGAGCUUGGCUGGGAUUCUGCCUGUAUGUAUUGAUAAAUUCACUUGUAAUAUUUUGUUUCAACUGUUUGUAUAUGCAACUUUCUCAACUUGUUACACUUUUCAAUGAAAAUAAAUUGUUGGUACUUA